AUAAUCCAAAACUACUGUGAUUGUCUAAAUUAGGGUAUAAAUAACGCAUUCAACUGAAAGCUUUAGUCCCUAAUAUACAUUAGUAAUCCAUCCUCAAACACAGAUAAAGACACAGGGAUCCAUGGCAGUGAUGCUGCAUGAACCACGAGUGAACCACAUUUCAGCUAUUGAUCGGAGUGGAAUUGCAUCUCCUGUUAUUAAUAGCAAAGACUAUAAUCAUCAAGAGAUUAACCCUAAGAAGGAUAAUCCUCAGCAGCCUGCUGGAUGGAGAACUUUCCUCUCGUUUGUUGGUCCUGGUUUCCUAGUUUCAUUGGGUUACCUUGAUCCUGGGAAUUUUGAAACUGAUUUACAAGCAGGAGCAGACCACAGAUACGAGUUACUUUGGGUGAUUCUGAUUGGGUUAAUCUUUGCACUUGUGAUUCAAUCUCUUGCUGUAAAUUUAGGAGUAUGUACUGGGAAGCAUCUAUCAGAGAUAUGCAAGGCUGAAUACCCAAUAUUUGUGAAAUACUGCCUGUGGCUGCUUGCUGAGAUUGCUGUCAUUGCAGCCGAUAUUCCUGAAGUGAUUGGGACGGCUUUUGCACUAAAUAUCUUAUUCAAACUUCCACUUUGGGUCGGGGUUCUUCUUACUGGUUUUAGCACCCUCCUAUUUCUUGGCAUCCAAAGAUAUGGUGUGAGGAAGCUUGAAGGGAUAGCCGUUCUAGUUUUGGUUAUGGCCGGUUGUUUCUUUGGAGAAAUGAGCUACGUGAAGCCACCAGCUGCUGAUUUACUAAAGGGAAUGUUCAUUCCAAAACUUGGUGGCCGAGGGGCUACUGGUGAUACCAUUGCACUACUUGGUGCUCUUGUAAUGCCGCAUAAUCUCUUUCUACAUUCUGCUCUUGUUCUCUCCAGGAGGAUACCAAAUUCAGUUCAUGGUGUCAAUGAUGCAUGCAGAUAUUUCCUGAUAGAAAGUGGCUUUGCUCUCUUUGUCGCAUUUUUAAUCAACGUGUCAAUUGUCGCUGUUUCUGGUACUGUUUGCUCAGGCAAGAACAUAUCAAGUGACUCCUUGGAUCGCUGCAAUGAUCUUAGUGUUCAUUCAGCUUCAUUUCUUCUUAGAAAUGUUUUAGGUAAGUCAAGCUCCACUCUCUAUGCAAUGGCACUGCUAGCUUCCGGGCAGAGUUCAACCAUAACUGGCACUUACGCUGGACAAUUUAUAAUGCAGGGUUUCUUGGAAUUAAAGAUGAGGAAAUGGCUGAGGAAUCUGAUAACACGAUGCAUAGCCAUCAUGCCUAGUUUAAUAGUUUCGAUCAUUGGUGGAUCUUCUGGAGCUGAAAGACUAAUUAUCAUAGCAUCGAUGAUAUUGUCAUUUGAACUUCCUUUUGCCCUCAUUCCACUCCUCAAAUUUAGUAGCACGACAACAAAAAUGGGUCCUCACAAAAAUUCAAUGAUUAUAAUCGUUUUCUCAUGGGUGGUAGGAGUUGGGAUAAUCGGCAUCAACAUUCAUUACUUGAGCACCACAUUUGUCAAUUGGCUGAUUCGUAGCACUUUGCCUAAAGUUGCUAACGUCUUCAUCGGGAUGCUAGUGUUCCCUGUCAUGGCUAUCUAUGUUCUAUUCCUGCUCUACCUUAUGUUCCGUAAAGAUGUUGUCACUUUGGAACCUAGAAAACUUGAUCGUAUUGCUGACAGAGAGGAUCUUGCUGAUAUGCCAUAUAGUGCAACUGAAAUGUCUUUUGUGAAUUCUUCUGUUAUUUAGCCAUAAGAUAGUCUUUGUCUUUGUUAAAAUCUUUCAGUAUUCUCUAGUUAGUAGCACUAGUGUCAUUAGGGGCUGAUAGGAGCAGAACCCAUCUGUAAGUUAUAUCAGCCUUGUUUCACUAUUUAGCGACAUAAUUAGGGAAGGUAUCAAAUCUGUCAUUGUGUACUGUCGUGAAUGCUUGGCUAUUUAGGUAAUCAGGACUGUCGCACAACGUGUUGUUACAUAUCUGUCUCAAAAUGGUCUCUGAGUUUACAUUUAGCAACGAAAUUGCCAGCAAAAGAACACAGACUGAGUUUAAGAGACG